AUUCGUCUCCGCUAUUUGAAACCAAAGAAGCCCAUGCUUUCACAUACUCGUACCACUCACAGCGUUGCAUCUGUCUGUUGCGGCGUGUGUGCUUGUGUUAAUGCGCGUGUGCACCACAGAGAGAGAGAGAGAGAGAGCGGGUGAGUGAGCAAGCGAGGAGAGAGAGCGAGCGAGCAAAAAAGCAAACGAUCGAGGGAAAGGGGAGGAAAGAGACGCCGAGUGCAUGAGAGCAAGACAAAGCAAUGAAAUUCAUCGGAGCCCUUUACCUACUGUUCCUUCUGCCUGCUUUGAGCUUCAACAGCAGCUAUGAGGGCCUUGAAAAGAAGCUGAGGGAGGUUUUUACAGAGAGGACGGGAAUUUUACGACAACUUUCUAAAACAUCAAAAGAACUGGACAGCAUCAAGGGUAACCUGCAGACUCUAAAGAAUGAUGAUGCUGUUCCCAAGAAGGAUGUGCAGAGAAUCUUGGAGCUCAGUCACAAGCAAAGGGAUGAGAUGAAGUCGCUCCAGUCGGCUCUGCAGAAGCAACUGGAUGAUGCAGCUGAACGCGCAGAGAAGCAGCAGGCCACCAUCAAGUUUCUAAAGAUGGAGAUGGAAAAGAAGACAAAAAUCAUCAAAGACCUUCAGCAAGAGAAUAAAAGCUUGAAGAACAAACUUCUGUCUGGAAACAAGCUGUGUGACAUGCAUGCAGAGGAGUCCAAAAAAAUCCAAGCUCAGCUGAAAGAGCUGAGGUAUGGCAAAAAGGAUUUAAUUUUUAAGGGUCAGCAAUUGAUGGACCUAGAGAAUAAACUCAGAGUUGCCAAAGAUGAACUGGAGAAGGCAGCUUUGGAUAAGGAGUCACAGCUUAAAGCCCUGAAGGACACAGUCCAUAUCUGCUUUUCAUCUGUCCUACACAGUCAGACAGGAAGUCUACACAGAUUUACAGCCACACCUACCAAUCUGUUGAGGUAUUCUGCCCUGGGCAACAACUCAAGAGUCACCUUUCAACAGCCGCAUGCAAAGGACAUCCCAAAAGUUCCCCGAAUCACAACAGCGAGUAAAUUGCCUGUGAGCAGUGCAGUAAUGAGAAGAGAUGGCUCAGGACUGAAAGACUGCCAGAUGGUGAAGGUGGGAGCAGAAUGUUCCCAUAAUCAGACUGAGAGCGCAUCUGAGAUGAAAAAGAUGUUUGGACACAGUCAGCCACAGACUCCAGAGCAAAUUGAACAAGGCCAAGCAAGGACAUCAGAGGACAGUUUGAAAUCAGAAGGAGACCUAAAAAAGACACAAAUGCCCACACACAACUAAGAGACAGUGGAAGACUUGGCAGAUUUUCUGCAUGGUAAAAUGAUGUCAGACCUGUUUAAGCCCCACUUCAUUCACUGAGCUUAUAAGCACAUUCACACACUUACACACACACAGAUGCACACACGCACAGGCUGUGCAAUGCCAGACAAACACAAACAACCCAAUUUAACACCGCUAAUGUAGAAAAGGUAUUCCCGAGAUUCAAUUUUGAACUUUUUAAGAACCAACAGCAUAGUAUGGCAUGCAUUAUAGAGUUUUAGACUUUUUGAUUUUAAGAGGUUACGAUGGUCCUGGAUGUUUUUAAUAACUGUUACUUUUUAUGUUAUCUAUCUCUUUUGAGUUCAUUUCUCCCAGAAUGAGGACACAAUGUUCUUUAAUUUGUGUUGUUUGUACUUAAAAAAAGAAAAAAAAUGACCUGGCACCGCAGACCAGAAUUUCCAUGUUAAAGUCACAUUUGGUAGGAGGUUGGGGUGGAUUGUAAGCUGCGAGGCAAAAUUUGCCUUAAAAAUUCAGAUUUACCUGUACAUGUUUGAGCAGCUUAAGUUAAUAACGAACUGAAAGAAUCCUGUAAGUUUAAUUCCCAAAUUCGAUGCCAGCUUUGCUCAAAACACAGAGAGAACUGUUUAAAACGUCGAAACAAUGUGAAGGUAUGAUCUGUCUUGUGUUGUAGCAAAGAUUAAUUUACUCUUCCUACUCCAUAUUAUGAGGUAUUAUAGGCUCAAGUUGGCUGGCCAACUAUUGCUGUUGAAUAUUUCGAAGCUUUUGGUGCCAGAGUUAAAGAGAAAAACUCGACUCACAGUGAGUCGUCUCCCUAAGAAUGAUGUGCCAUGCACCGAGUACUUAAUCUACUGCUACAUCUCUCUCUGUUUCUCUACUUUCUUGUGUCCUUUCAAUAAACCGUGAUUUUCGCUAAAUGUGUGCAGAAUAAAUGGUUAUUUGUGAA